CCGUAGCGGCCUUGACCGAUGAACUGCUCUAUACCGUCUCCCCUCGUUCGAUAGCCGUGGAUCCGCUCAGGUUGUGCGCAGCCUGCGGCAUUUUGGCCCAACUGCGAUUCGAUUCCUUGGCCCCUGCCAGCCUCAACCACGAGCACAGAGAAAAUGUCUGAUGACCGUCGCCGGGGCGCCGAGCCCAGUCUGGGGACGGAUGAUGGCCAGGAGAGUAGUUCCGCACCGCUCCCGCCUCCGCCUCCCCCAGAUUCCCAAUUCGAGCGCAUAAGAGAAAUGCUUGCCCAGCCAGUCGUUGCCUCGUUCAUCGCCGGCGGUGUAGCCGGCGCCGUAUCGCGAACCGUCGUAUCCCCCCUCGAGAGACUGAAAAUCCUCUUCCAAGUCCAGAGCGCCGGACGCAACGAGUACAAGAUGUCGGUGCCGAAAGCAUUAGCGAAGAUGUGGAGAGACGAAGGCUGGAGAGGCUUCAUGGCCGGCAACGGCACCAAUUGCAUAAGAAUUGUGCCCUACUCGGCCGUGCAAUUCAGCGCCUACAACUUCUACAAGAGGUUCUUCGAAGACGAGCCCGGCUCCAACCUCGGCCCCUACCAGCGUCUCUUCUGCGGCGGCCUCGCAGGCAUCACGUCCGUAACCUUCACCUACCCCCUCGACAUCGUCCGCACACGCCUCUCCAUCCAAUCCGCCUCGUUCGAAUCCCUCAAGAAAACCUCUGCCCCCGGCGGCCAGAAGCAAAAACUCCCCGGCAUGUUCGGCCUGCUGCGCAACAUGUACAAGAACGAAGGCGGUCUCCCCGCCCUGUACCGCGGCAUCAUCCCCACGGUCGCGGGCGUCGCCCCUUACGUAGGCCUCAACUUCAUGGUCUACGAAAUCAUGCGCACGCACUUCACACCCCUCGGCGAGAAGGACCCCACGGCCGUGGGCAAACUGGCCGCGGGCGCCGUCUCGGGCGCCGUCGCGCAGACGUGCACGUACCCGUUCGACGUACUGCGGCGCCGGUUCCAGGUCAACACCAUGACGGGCAUGGGGUACCAGUACAAAGGGUUGCUGGAUGCGGUCAAGAUGAUUGUAAGGACCGAGGGGUUGAGGGGGUUGUACAAGGGGAUUGUGCCGAAUUUGCUCAAGGUGGCGCCGAGUAUGGCGAGUAAUUGGUUGAGUUUUGAGAUUACGAGGGAUUUUGUCAUGGGGAAGAGGAGGAGUGGGUUUUUGUAGGGGGAGAGGCGGGAGGGUAAGGGUUUUGGAGAUAUAAGCAGGCAUGAUCUGUGAAGGGUGCUUCAUGGUCAGGCAUCCAGCCAGUUUUUGAGUGAUGGAGGGGAACAGGUUGGCCACGGGGCAACCCUGCGCAAUACUCAUAUGGGCCUCCGUGCCGAGUGAG